AUGGCCAAUCAAGUCGUUUUCGCCGCUCUUAUCGCCUUAUGCUUAGCAAAUGGAUACGUUUAUGGUGCAGCUAGCACACCUCCUCCUGCACGAUACACAAUAACUCACGAAGCAGUCUUCGAGGUGAUUGUCAAGGAGAAUAUUCAUGCAACGGAAAUCUUGUCUCGUGGAAAAAUUGUUAUCGGACUUUUCGGUGAGAUUGUUCCAAUGACGGUGUUGAACUUUGUGACAAUUUCAAAUGGAGUUGUUCGAGAUGGUACAAACUUCACCUUUGACAACUCACCAUUUCAUCGUGUCGUGAAAGAUUUCUGUGUGCAAACAGGCGAUUUUCUCAAUCGUGAUGGAACCGGAAGUGUGAGCAUUUACGGUACAAAAUUUGUCGAUGAAAACUUCAUUCUCAGUCAUCGAUCUGGUGGAUGGGUUUCCAUGGCGAACUAUGGCAAAGAUACCAAUGGUUCACAAUGGUUCAUCACUUUAGUUCCGGCUCGUUGGCUUGAUGGUCACCACGUUGUUUUCGGUCGUGUUCUUCAAGGUAUGGAUUUUGUCCAACAAUUGGGAGAAAUCGACACAUAUCCCGGUACAUCUUUACCCCAAAAAUAUAUUGGUAUUCUUCAUGGCUUUGCCAAAGAAGUCAAUCCGCGAUAUGAUCUUUCACCAGAAGAUCUUUUCACAGGUGAAGACAUUAUAGUCGAUUAA